CUGGACAUCCCUCUAAGGAGGCUAAUCCUACACACUGGCGUGCCUUUUUCUCCCUGUUGCACUCUCUGCCUCUCACAGUCAACGCUUAUCAGUAUUUGUUCCCUUAGGACUUCGGAAAUGUACAGGGCCCUUCACCUAGGAUUUUACCACUGAUGUUCUUUAAAUACAAAAAGCAACAGAUCCACUGACUUCAGGAGAUGAGGCUCCCCCAAACCUUUCCACUCACCCUGCUGUUUCUAAGCUGCCUGGAAGGUGCUGCUGGCAGGAAAGGCAAAGAAAACAGUGAAAAAGCCGAGCCAUCUGCUCCCUGGGCACAGACAGGACAAUUCUCCACCCGUGACAAACACUUGUGCAGCUGGCAGCUGAUCCCGGGAGAAGAAGUCACUGAGAUCCACCUUAGCUGCCACCAGCCGGGAGAAGACAGUGGCACGGGGCAGCAAUGUGUCUACCGGGGCCAGCCAGAAUUGUGUGCUGCUUACAGCUCCAAAGGCCGUCAGUUCUGGAAGCAGAUCUUGGGCAAGCUCCGCAGAAAGCACCAUCCAUGCCAGGACAGCAGCCCACUCAAAUCCCGGCUUUGUAGUAGCAAGAAAGGGGCAUCUGAGGCUGAGCUGCACCUGGUACCCCCGGCCCUGACCACAGCAAGCCCACUGCCUAAGGGCACCUCUAAAGGCAAAUCCAAAGGAAAGGCCCGCGUGAAGGAUCUGCCAGCUCCACCGAAACCACCCCAGACAUCCAGGGCUAGAGUGGUCACUAGCUCAGCAAAGGCAGAUGAGGCAGACAAGCGCAACAAAGGGGGGAAGAAGAAAGUCACUCCCGGCUCCUCAGUGGCUCCAACACACCUUUCCAGCCGGGGACCUACAGCUGUGGUGGAAAGCACAGAACAGCCCACAGAGCUCAAUGCAGAUGUGGCAGCGGCCUACUGUGAAGAGAAGUGGCACUCGCUGUGCAACUUCUUUGUGAAUUUUUGGAAUGGCUGAAAUUGGUCAACGGGGAAGAAGCGGGCGGGGGUGGGUCUAAAAAAUAGAGGGCACAGCAGACAGCCUAGUUAGAGAGAGAGGAAAGCAGAUGGUGGGGUUUGUGCAGUCAAAUCAAAACAAAGGAAAGAAUUAAAAGGGCAAGUGGAAUGGAAGUUUUUGAAUGUCAACAGAAUGUGGCAAAAUUAUGGAACGGUACUUGCAGGCGCCAAUGUGCAGCUACGGGGCUUUUUAUGGGGUGUAACAUUUAUUCAUUCCUACUAAUCCCGCAGCAGCUGCUAAUCGAGAGGCUAGGAUAUGGAAACCUUUUUUUGUACGAGGGGGUUAUGCAUUAACAUAAAAGAUGUAUCUGUCUUUGCAAGCUCAUCUCAAGUUGCAAGGAAAUUGCUCUGCUGCAUUAGAUGUUUCUUCCCUAUCCAUGACCAGGUGUAGCUAAUGUUUUGUCAAUGUAAGAUGUCUGGGGGGAUCAUCCUGUCUGAAUCACUUGUAAUGUUCUUCUUUCUGUACCUAAAGAAUAUCUAACAUUUGUACAAGUAUGUGGUGGUGUAGAUGUUACUGGACAUUUAUACUGAUAAUAGUAAUAGUAAUAAAUGAAAUUCUUUUACA